UGAAGUCAAAGAAAGGCUGUUCAACCAUUUUAUCUCGCCCACAGUUUGCAGGAUCAUUGUCUUGUUUUCUCGGCUUUGAUCAGCUAAUCAUACACCUUUGGCUUGUUCCCGGAUGAAAGUAUUUUAAGACUUGCACUUGGUGGAGAGCCAAUUAUGGAUGCAAGUGAUUGGAGAGCUGAAAUGCAGCCUGGUGCUUGUAAAAAUGGUGUCCAACAGAUGUACCCAGCAAUUUGGUAUCAAGGCUAGUAGUUCAUGACUCCAAAAAGGAUUUGUGGAGGAUUCUGACUAAGGGUUUAGACUGGGAUACAAAUGAGUAAAGUGUUGUGGAGUGUGGUCAUCAGAUGUUGACCCUCCAAGAGAGUCAAUUGAUGGAAUUUAGGUGAUAUGGAAUUCCAAGUCCCGAAUUCAGCUGCUUGGGAUGCUCUAUGGAGUACUUAAGGCGGUUUGUUUUCCCACUUCAUUUUCUAGCUUUUGAAAGAGGACACCCCUAGUCCCCGCCUAACUGUCCAUUAGCUUCUAAUAUGUUAUUGAGUUGAUUUCAUCAUAUUCAACCACCUGUUACAUGUACUUGUAAAGAGCCGAGCUUAAUGAGUCACUUCAGCUAUUUUUAUUCUUUUUUUCUUUUGUUGUUUUUUCUAGUUUCUGGGUCAUUUACUCAUGAAAAUCUCAGUAAUUGUCAGGAAAGAAAAAUUGGUCAUUGGUAGUAUCUAUUUGUGUAAUUCAUAUCACAAUUUGUUUUCUAUGUGUCUUUUUUUAAGUUGAAAGUAAAGAGGGAAUUGAAAUUAAAUGUUGAUAAUGUAUUUUCGUUUGAGGCAUAGUUAUUAAUAGCUUUACAGCUUGUAACUCACCGCAAUGCAACCUUACAAUGUGCCAAUUAUCUAGCACGACAACUUUCAUAUAGCCUUUUUGUAGCUAUGCUAUAGGAGCUACUAUGUGUAGCUGUAAUUAGAACAACAUAUAAAUAGGGGAACAAAUAGUCAUUAUUUAUGUGAUUUUACAGAGGCGAGAAUCGGAGAUUCACUUGACUCUUCCUUGGACAACCAAAUAUUGAAUGAUUUUGUUAUCAUUAAUCAUAUUUAGAGCAUGAGAAGAGGGCCAAUCUCUUCUCAUCCUCCUAAAAUGGUUGAUGAACAAAUGAAACCUUUGAAAAUGAAGAGAAGAUUGAAGGAUUGCCUGUUGACAAUCAUUAUGAUGAUAUUUCAUUUGAUGAAUAAGAGGAAUUGAUUGGCAUAUAUUAUUCUAAAGCUUAGACUAAAAAAAUUUGCAAAGCGCUGAUGCAUUGAGUUGAGUACUGAAUAUUGUUAUUUAUGGAUAAUUAUUAGCAGACUUUUUUUUUAUUGCUUUACACUUUGAGUGAUUAUAUAUAUAUAUAUAGAUAUAUACUCCCUCUAUUAAAAAAUAUAAGGUAUUUUUUGAGGAGUUGAAUGUUCAAAAAUGUAAAGCAUUUUUAGCCUUUCGAGGUGUAAUAAUUGCCUUUUUUUCAAAAGUGCCCCUAUUGAUGAAUGACUUUAUAUUUAUUGUAGCGUAUUUAAUAGGGGUAAAUAUGAAAAGAUAGAGUUAGUUUGAAAGUAGGUAACUAAUUACUUUAUUGCAGGAUGAAAUUCGGUUAAAAAUGCCUUAUGUUUUUAAAUGGAGGGAGUGUAUGUUAGUGAUUUAUCAAUUAUAUUUGGGGUUCUUUAAAUGUGCUACUAUAUAAUGAGGAUGUUAUUCGCUUUGGAGCCUUUGAUUGUUUAAGAACACUCUUCACCAUCUUAUGACUUGAAAGUGAACUGUCCUUUUGGCUAUGAAGAAUGAAUGCAGUAAAGCUAUAUUACCAUUAUGAUGAUGAAGACGGCCUGCAAGAACUUAAAAAAAUUUCUCAAAAUUUUGAGCAAAAGACUUUUGCUGGUGCAACAAGCCAGGGAAAAUGCAAGAACAGGUUUACCAAAAGAUCCUAGUGUUGAAGGAAAUGUACUUGCCAGAAUUGAAUGAAGUGUACCAGAAAAUUGCUAAUAAACUUCAGCAGGUUGACUCUCUCCCACAGCAAGCAAAGUCAGACAAAUAUGAGAAACUGAAGAUAUUCAAAACAAUGUUGGAGCGUGUUGUGGCAUUCCUGCAUGUUUCUGAGAGUGACAUAUCUCCUGGCAUGAGCAAAAAAUUACCUUCAUAUGAGAAGCAGAUUAUCAAUUUUAUAAAUACGAUUAGGCCAAAGAGUAAUCUACCAGUGCAAAUUCCCAUCAUCUCCCCAAGUUCUGUAGCAUCAUCUAGUAGCAAAUGCACCAUCAUGAUGGAUGAUUACUGGUCAUGUUAUGGUAUGGAGGUGUGAAUUUUAGAGUUGACAUUGCAAUCUUUGAAAGAUGAAUCUUUUUACUUUGUCAGAAGAUGGCAGCCUUCAUCAACUUCUUGUUAAUAAUUUAUAACUUGAUUAGUGUA